CUCGACACCGGAUCAUGUGACAAAGUAAAGGCAACAUCAGGUGGUUGUUUUCUUCAAAGACUUCAUUUCGUAGACUGCAGUGUCCUUUUGUCUGUCUCCUUUGUUGAAUAACAUCAAAGUAUAACAGUCCUGCCAAAAUGAGUAGUGACCGCCUUAACGUAUUUCCAUCGAGAAUGGCCCUCACCUUGAUGAAGGGCAGGUUGAAGGGAGCACAGAAAGGCCACAGUUUAUUGAAGAAGAAAGCUGACGCUUUGACGUUAAGGUUUCGAUCCAUUCUAAAACGGAUCAUUGAGACCAAGAUGUUAAUGGGAGAUAUAAUGAAAGAAGCAACAUUUUCCUUAGCUGAAGCCAAGUUUACCACUGGUGAUUUCAAUCAUAUUGUCCUACAGAAUGUUAACAAGGCCCAAAUCAAGGUGCGGUCUAAGAAAGAGAAUGUUGCUGGUGUGACAUUACCAAUCUUUGAGCAUUAUCAAGAUGGAACUGACACCAAUGAACUGACUGGACUGUCACGUGGUGGCCAGCAGAUUGACAAACUGAAGAAAAAUUAUGCCAAAGCUGUACAACAUCUUGUUGAGCUGGCUUCAUUGCAGACGUCCUUUGUUACAUUGGAUGAAGUCAUCAAACUGACCAACAGAAGAGUCAAUGCCAUCGAACAUGUGAUCAUUCCCCGUAUUGAACGUACAUUAAGUUAUAUCUCUGGAGAACUGGAUGAACGUGAGAGGGAGGAGUUCUAUAGGCUGAAGAAAAUCCAGGAGAAAAAGAAAAAGAUCUAUGCUGAAAAAGAAAUCCUCAAAGAAGCAAGGAAGAAACAAGGAAUUGAAAUACAGGUAGCUGCUAACCUCUUGGAUGAUGAACACGAUGAAGACUUGUUGUUUACUGACUGAGUUGGUGUGGGAUCUGUUAAAAAAGAUGGUACAUGCCACUGCCUCCUCUUUCAGUUUCCUCUCUCUGUCUGUGUUUUUGUCUAUCUUCAGCUGGAUUGUCGUAGCAACGAAUGGAUAAAGGACAAGAGAGAGUGGAGUUCACAUUCCAGUUUUGAUUUCAGUAGAUGUCGGUUGGCAGUGUCGUCUUCUGCACCUCUCUUUCCAGUGUGUGUGUGUUACAUGUAUUGUGUGUCUGCAUUGGGAUUUAUUGUGUGAGUAUUUGGUUUCUGGCUCUUAUCUACAGUAUAUGUCUUAGUAUAAGAGUCUGAUUUCUCUUUCUUGUGUCUGUGUGUCUAGAUGAGGAUUUACUGGUGUGUGUAUAUCAAUGUAUUUAGGUGUGUAUGUGUGUACACAUAUAUGGUUUAUGUGUAUAUAAUUAAAUGAUUAAUUUGAAUCCAGAAAAAAAUCUUUACAUUCUGAUCAAAAGAGUCUAGUUUUAACCUUGGCAUAUGUAGAAAAUCAUGAGUUUUUAAUUUUGAUCUUCCUCCUCUUCCAAACCCAUCGACUAGUAUACUUUACCAUUGUAAUGGUUGAGUGGUAUGGCAUGAAAUGGCAUGGCAAUUGUAGUUUCACUAGUGGUGAGUGGUUGAUGGUCUUGGCUAUUUAUUUUCAUGUUUGUUAAUCAAAAAGUUGACCUACACAACCACUGUAAUAAUCACCUCCAUUGUUGUACUUGUUGCUCCUGACAAGUAAGUCACUGUUUAGAUUUUUUAUUCUUCUGGUUACAAAUUUUGUAUAGUACAAUCAGUAUUUUCUUUCUCUUAGAUGAUUUACUUAUGUUAGUGGGUGGGGCUGGCUUUGGCCAUCUCAGUGUAGACGCAAAUACAAAAAUAAAAAAGGGUUAAUUAGCUUACAGAGACAGUAGGGACCUUUGCUCCUGUGACUGGAAUCUAAGAUAUAACAAUAAGAAUCUUUAGCUCUUAAGAUCUUCUUUUGGGAUUUUAAAUCUCACCUGAAGGGCUAAAAAAGAAAGUUAGAUUGCUAAUCUAUUAAGUUUAGAGUUUACAAAAAGAUGUGUUGAGUUUUCUAGUCAUGCUGCAUUGAAAGUAUGGUUUUGUUCCUUAUACUACUUAUUACUAAGUUAUCUCUGAACUAACAUUCACACUCACUCACACAUUGGAUGGCAUCAGCUUUAAAACCAAAGUUUCACAAAUUUGAAAGUGCUUUAGAAAUAUAUAUGCUCAUGUUGUGUGCAUUUUGUAUUUCAUAGAUCCUCCAAGAGAGCGAAUUCUUUGUUCAUGAUAAUCUGACUAGAUAUUGUUCACAAGUGUUAGCUUAUGUCUCUCAAUUUUAAAGCCAUUUUUCUGUUCCUGUUCUCAGUACAGCAUAACUCAACAAGUAUAUUAUUAUAUUUCUAAACAGACACCUUUUAUACACUUCCAGUUUCAUUAUCCCAUGCUAUAUUUUGAAGUCCAGUUGCAUUAGGAACCAACCAGUCUAGCGUUUAUCCCUGUCCCAUCACUGUCUCUCGAGAAUCAACUCAACUUGCAGUGAUUAUAAACUUGUUAUAGUUUUAAAUACUCAACUCACCAGAAAUUUUUGAUGAGUUAAUUUUCAGAAAAGGUUUGGUUUGUUUGUAUUUUUAAAUUGUUAUAAUGUUGUUCAUUGUUCUUUUUUAAUUCAUAAGUGAAAGAAAAUUUCUUUAUUGCAAUAAAAAUAAAAUUCAAAAAUG